CAGGAGAGAAUUUCGUACACACCUCCAGUGAGCCCGGUACCAAAUUACACUUCCUCAACACCACUACAUGUCCCAGUGCCUCAAGCGAUCAGGAUGGAGGAAGACACAAUCAGACUGCCAGCACACCUGCGUUUGCAGCCCAUUUACUGGAGCAGGGAUGAUGUGGCACAGUGGCUCAGGUGGGCAGAGAAGGAGUUUUCCUUAAGGCCGAUUGAGAGCAGCACUUUUGAGAUGAACGGCAAGGCUCUGCUGCUCCUGACCAAAGAGGACUUUCGAUACCGGUCUCCUCAUUCAGGUGAUGUUUUGUAUGAACUCCUGCAGCAUAUUCUGAAGCAAAGGAAAGCUCGUAUGCUCUUCACACCUUUCUUCCACCCUGGGAACUCUAUCCAUGCUCAGCCAGAGGUCAUAUUACACCAGAAUCAUGAUGAAGAUAGCUUUGUCCAGAGACCCUCAAGACCAUCCACAGAAACAGUCCACCACAACCCCCCAACCAUUGAACUGUUGCAUCGUUCCAGAUCACCCAUCACCAACAACCACCGUCCAUCACCAGAUCCUGAUCAGCGGCCACUGAAGUCCCCUAUGGACAACACUAUCCGUCACCUUUCCCCAGCUGAUAGGGUGCCGGGAACAAGGCAUCAGCACGAGAACAACCAGCAGGAGCCCUAUCCUCUCUCAGUGUCCCCGAUAGAAAACAACCACUGCCCACCUCAUUCUGAGGUGCUCCAGAAGCCUUCCAGCCCUCGCCAGGAGAACACCAGGGUCAUCCAGCUGAUGCCCAGCCCUAUUAUGCAUCCUUUGAUACUGAACCCCAGGCACUCCGAUUUCAAACCGCCAAGGUUGUCUGAGGAUGGGCUGCACAGGGAGGUAAAGCCAAUCAACCUGUCCCACCGAGAAGAGUUAGCUUAUAUGAACCACAUCAUGGUGUCUGUAUCCCCUCCUGAGGACCAUGCAAUGCCAAUUGGAAGAAUAGCAGACUGUAGGUUGCUUUGGGAUUAUGUUUAUCAGCUGCUUUCUGACAGCCGGUACGAAAAUUUCAUCCGAUGGGAAGAUAAGGAAUCCAAAAUAUUUCGGAUAGUGGAUCCCAAUGGGCUGGCCCGGCUGUGGGGAAACCACAAGAACAGAACAAAUAUGACUUACGAGAAAAUGUCCAGAGCCCUACGCCACUACUACAAACUAAAUAUUAUCCGGAAGGAGCCAGGACAAAGGCUUUUGUUCAGGUUCAUGAAGACCCCAGAUGAGAUUAUGAGUGGCCGAACAGACCGCCUUGAGCACCUUGAAUCCCAGGAGCUGGAUGAACAAAUAUACCAAGAAGAUGAGUGCUGAAGGCAACUGGUGCACCGCCUCUGUGGGUCCAUGGGAGAAACAUCUACCCAGAUGGCUGGCACGGUCUGGGAGGCGAAGCAACAACACAGAAGCAGUACUUGGGGUCGCCGCUUAGCUUGAAGAUCAUGCAGGACCUGAAGCACCUUAACGAAACAAACUAACAGGCAGAAGUGGUGCUGGCAGAAAAGUAAAGGGGAGAAAGCCUGGACUUACGCACUACUUCACUGUUCCUACAACGUCUCCCUUGAGUUCUUUCUUUCUUUUUGGUUUGUUUCAGUUUUGGGGGGUUUUUUGUUGGUUUUUUUUUUUUCCCUAAUAAACAUGCAGUUUGACUUUCCUUAUCUCACAUAGGACAAGACAUCAGAUUAUGCUUUUUGGUUUUGGAAGGCUUUCCUAUGGAAAUAGAGUGCUCUUAUUUUCUGUGCAAGUCUCAUGACCUAACACCGCAUAAAACAAUAGCAACACAAGAAGGGAUUUGCUCAAGGGUUCCAGUUUGCUUGGAUCAAUUUACAUGUGCUGCCACUGGGAAAUGUGUUGAAGCUACCAAAAGAAUUUACCACACAUACCUGUCCAAUGAAGAGGAGUCACCCUUCAUGUGUAGGCUGGGAUAUCAUCCCAGCAUAGUUUGGGCUCACGAGCCCUGCGAGUGGCUGUUAACUGCUGGAAUAUGGACCAAAACCAAUCACCUAAGUGCUCUGGGGAGGAGAGAAAUAAAUGUGACAAACCUCUGCAGUAGACUGAUGUUGACAUUUUCCCUCCCUUUAGCAAGGAAGUGAUAGAAUGGAGCAGGGGGAGGGAGGGCAGGGACAAAUACAUAUAUAUAUGUGUAUAUAUA